UAUAUAACCUAGUACUGCAUCUUCGAUUGCCAUUAGUCGUUCCACGGAAGCUGUGAGAUAUAGUUUUCAAAAUCGCAAUCAGUAUGAAGUUCAUUGCUGCCGUCUGUUUGAUGUUCGCCCUGCUGGGUGUUACCUUGGGCCUCAAGGAUCCCAUCUGUGGACAGCCCGCUGCAAAAGAUGGCAAUGGUUUGAUCAAGUGUGCCGCUUUUAUGCCCAGUUUCAGCUAUUAUCCCGAAAGCAACUCCUGCGAAAAGUUCAUCUACGGAGGAUGUGGUGGCAAUGAGAAUCGAUUUGGUACGAAGGAAAGUUGUGAGGAAAAGUGCUUGGAAUAAAAUGUUAAUAGGCGAACCCCAAUUAAAAAAUUAAGAACUAUUAA